CCUAUAAGCGUGAGGAUCAAUUUGGGUCUCUUGCUGCGUACUGCGUUUCGUCUUCACAUUGCCUCCAGUCGUUAUUUUUCCGCAUUGAGCAACUGGAUAUUUAUCAAACUUUCGGUCGAUCAAAAAUUGAUAACGGACCAACAGUUUUAAACAGUUGCAUUUCGCAAACGAAAUUCUGUGCUUCUUCGUACGUCUUCGUCUAAACCAGAGGUAGGCCGAGAAGGACAUAACUUCGUCUAUUUAGCCUCUAAAUAGUCCCAGAUUCCGCUGUUUGAAUGGAGCGCCUAUUGCGUCAUAACGAAGAGGAUCUUCUCUUCACAGGAAAGAACAUCCAUUGCAGAAAAAAGCCACUUUUCAAAGGGUUGGGCGAUUCGUUGGUGUACAGCGGGUAUUUCAAAAAGGCGAAGAAUUCAAAAGAAGAAAUUGUAGUGAGGAAGAUUAAGAAAACAGAUUGCGACGAAGAAUGGUAUGAUAUCUUUAACAAACAUAUUCAAGAGAAGGAUCCCAUCAAACAUGAAAAUGUCCUCAAAAUUAUUAGCUACGAAGAAAUGGAUCAAUGGAGAUAUUUUGCUCUGGAACGUUACGACGCUACACUGGGGCAGUUUUGCAAAGGAAUUUAUAAGGGACCGAUGCCAUCUGACGCCCAAGUUCUUUGCCAAAUCACCAAAGGGCUUUUGUUUCUGCACAAAGAGCAAUGCACACAUGGAAAUUUGACGCCCCGAACAAUUCUAAUCGCUUCCUCACAGCCGGUGCGGAUGAUGAUCAAAUUAUCAGAGUUUGGGUUGAGCAAAUUCGUCGGCCAAUGCGACGACAGUCAAGCGGAGUCGAACGACCAAGAUGGAAACUCAUUUCAUAGAGCGGCAAUGAAAUUUAAAUACACCGAGGAACUGGGGAAGCAACUAGACCUUUGCAAAAAGAAAUAUUGGAUAUUAGAUGGAACAACCACCGAAAGUAACCAGCAGACCCCUACACCUAAUCAAGAUACAUUUGCAGCAGGCUGCCUCUGUUUUUAUUUCCUCAAACGGGGUGCGCAUCCCUUCGGUGACGACUCGUCGUCAAUCUUGGAAAACAUUCAAAAACGAAAUCCUGUCAACUUAAAAACUCUACAACAAGAAAAAGGCGUAUGGGAAUUUGCCUACGAGCCCAUAGAAAACAUGAUUGGAGAUCCACCGACCGACGGCAAAAAUUGGUUGAUGAUAGCCAAAGAUCAUUUUAAAAAGGCCCUUCCUCUGAGAUUUGAAGAAAAAAAGGAGAACGAACUCGGCAGGGGAGGGUUUGGAAUCGUGUACAAAGGAACAUACGAAGGAAAUGCAGUUGCAGUUAAAGUUACAGUUAAGGUACAUUUAGAUGAUGCAAGAAAAAAAGACCAGAAACGGGAAAUGGAGGAACACUUCCUGUUAGACCACGAAAAUGUCCUGAAACUUUUGCACGUCGAUGACUCACGGGAUAAAACAUGCCUUGUGCUCGAAUUAUGUGCCGGGACACUGACAGACUAUUGCGAGAAGAAAUACAAGGGACCGGAAUUGCCACCAGAUGGCCUAGUUUUAUAUCAAAUCGCCAAUGGAUUGCACUACAUCCACUCACGAAAUUUAGUUCAUCGCGACGUCAAACCGGACAACAUUCUCAUCUCAAUCACGACACCCGUCCAAAUGAAAUUGUCCGAUUUCGGAUAUGUCAAAAAAACAAGUCAUCGAGGGACAUUUACUCAGAGUGGAUUGAAAGGAACUGAAAAGUGGAUGGCGCCUGAAAUUUUGGAGCUUGUGAUUAAAAUGGAAGAGUCAAGUGAUAGCACGUCUGAGGAACUUCCGCACGGAACAAUCCAAAGCGACACAUUCGCUGCCGGCUGCGUCUUUUUCUACUUCCUGACUCGCGGUAAACAUCCGUUUGGCAAUUCUUAUAAAAUUCCAGGGAACAUCGUAGAUAACAAUCCAAUUGAGCUGAAUCAACACAAACAAAAUUUGCAAGGCGAUGAUCGUGCCCUAUACAAACUGAUUGGAAAAAUGAUAGAGCCGAAAGAUGAAAGAAUCGAAUUGCCCGAUGUUAUCAUACAAAUGACGAAUUUAACUGCCACACGUAAAUUCAAAAGAGUUGCGCGAUUAGUGCGUGAGAGAGGCAGAAAGUGCGUCUCCCGUUUUCACCCGAAGAAACCAGUUCUCGCCUGCGGCAUUAAAAAUGAAAUUAUUUUCUUUUCUGCCGAGAAUUGGUCCAUUCCUUUUUCUAAUUGGAAACGGGACGAAAAUAAGUUUCAAAUUGGACAUGAAAAAGGAAUUACGAGGAUGGAAUGGAAUGCGGACGGAAGUCAAUUGGCUAUCAUCUUUCGUGAACAUGUCAUCGUGUGGAGUUAUCCAAGUGGCGCAAUUCUCUAUCAAAAGGAAUUAGAAAAAGGGAUGGAUCACAUCGAGUGGAAUCCCUUCAUGCCAAACAUAUUCGUUACUUUUCCCGACGAUUUUGGAACAAAAGUUUUCUUCUUCAAUUCUUGCCCUGUCAACCAACGGUCAUUUCAUUUCUGCACAAUCGAAUGUGAGAAAAUGAUCAAGAGUGUCCAGUGGAUCUCUGCGAAUCGAGUUGCUCUCGGCUUAUGGAAAUACGGAGGAAUUGAAAUUUGGGAAAUUGACGAAUCGACGAGGUCCGAAAAAUUCGUUAAACGACUCAAACAUGAAAGCGUGACGGGUUGGAUAGCAGAUAUGGCAUGGGACGAAAGGACGAAAUGUUUGGCCGCUUGUUCAUCCAACGGAUGGAUGACGAUUUGGUCGAUGGACAGCGACCAACCCAUUCACGCCGAAAAGGUUGACGUCGUAUGCAUGAGUUUUGCUUGGCGUCCAAACGGGAAACCAACGGACGACGAGGGAAUGGACGCUGACAGGAAAUCGGCCGACAAUUUCAUUUUGGCUACUAGUGGAUUGCGGGAUGGGAAGAUUGUCAUUUGGACCCCGCUGGCAAAGGAAAAGACAAGAAUUCUCAGUCAACAUUCAGAUAGGAUAGUGUCGCUGUCGUUUUCCCCCGACGGGCGGUUUCUCGCAUCAGAGGAUGGGGAGAAAUUGAUCAUCUGGGCAACUGAGAACUGGGAACCCGUUUACAUCGACGAAGGAGAUUGGGGCAAACCUUUUUCGUGGUUGUAUUCUUCGUCUACGGAUGUCCCUGACUACAAAUUGACAUUCAACUCAUACGAUGGCAAGGUUGUUGUCGUAGAAUACGUCGUCGACGGCCAGUAAGAAAUUCCAUGCAAAGAUUGAAGAUCACGAGAGGAUUGCGAAAGAAAAAGAAACCGGCGGCGAAUGGCCAAUCGGAUCCAAUUGCGACUUGAAAUAAUCAUCGUUAUUUAUUUCAUUCGUUCAUUGCUGUUUUAUUUCUUUGUCGGACGGACGAAGAAUAAAAUGCAAUCCUAUGGCAGUGCAAACAGAUGUGGAUCCAGCAUCACAGUAGUCUAAUCAUAACUAAACAAAAUCCUGAAAGGUUUCUAUAGGAGGAUAUAAUUAUAAAAAAUAAAAUUAGAUAUUUAAUAAUAAACAAAUUAUUCAAGAAG